AUGAUUAUUGGGGGAGUGGACAUUCCUCAGGGGCCAAUAAUGAAACACACCAAAGUUUCCAUCACUAGAGAAAAACGUACACGGAGUUAUGACCCCGAGAGUCCCAUCUCGUUCAGCGACGAGGAUAUAGGAGGCAUCGUUCAGCCCCACAACGAUGCACUGGUAAUAUCUGUCCUUGUUAAUAAAUUUAGAGUUAAACGUGUGUUGAUUGAUCCAGGUAGCUCGGCUAAUAUCAUCCGAUGGAGAGUCAUCGAGCAGCUGGGACUACUAGACCAGAUCGUGCCAGCAGUCCGAGUCCUCAACGGGUUCAACAUGGCCUGCGAAACGACGAAGGGUGAAAUCACCUUACCAAUCAACACAGCUGGAACCAUGCAGCAGACCAAGUUUUAUGUGAUAGAAGGAGACAUGGGAUACAAUGCAUUAUUUGGAAGACCAUGGAUUCACAACAUGAGAGCGGUGCCCUCAACUCUGCACCAAGCAUUAAAGUUCCCGACCCCAGAAGGGAUCAAAACCGUUCAUGGUGAGCAGCAAGCCGCAAAGGAAAUGUUCGCGGUCGAGGAAGCGGUUUCGGCAGCUAAGAAUCUAGUGUUGAAGGACAGGAAGUCGAACAAAGGGAAAGACGCCAAAUAG